ACUAAAAAAGAGCCAUAGUUGUUAACUGCCUCUUAUGCACCAAGAUGCUGUAAUCACCAUUGUAUUAAGCUUGUGGUAAGUAUUGACUUAUUAAUUAUUUGGUCUUUCCAAAAGAAAAAAAAUCGGUCAUUCUUUAAUGAAAAUCUCUAGUCAAUCUUUUUAAUUCAAGUUUAUCAUCACAACAUGACUAUAUAUUAGCAUCUCAUGAUCAUCUCAAUUAAUCAUUACCUUUAACACAUAAGACUGAGAAAAUAGUGUUGUCUGAUAUGGAAACCAUCUGCAUCUGCAAGCCAACUUCAAGUUCUCACAAUGGAGUUGGUAUUUUUAGAUCAAAGAGAAAUCUGCCACCAGCUGAUUAUUUAUUUAAGAUUCAAUCAUAUUCCUUACUUAUGAACAAAAAGUAUGAGUCUGGUGUUUUUCAAGCUGGUGGAUAUAAAUGGAAAUUGGUACUCCAUCCUGGUGAUAAUUCGAGAAGCGAUGAGAAUGGUUAUGUAUCUUUGUUUCUAAAAAUUGUAGAAACAGAGAAACUUCCUUAUGAUUGGAAGGUUAAUGUAAACUUUAAAUUGUUUGUCGUUGAUCAGAAACAUGCCAAUUAUUUAACCAUCCAAGAUGCUGGAGAUGCUGUGAGAACAUUCAGUGAAAAGAAAACAAAAUGGGGUUUUGAGCAAUUAAUUUCAUUGAGGGAUUUCAAAAAUUCAUCUAACGGAUAUCUUGUUAGAGAUUUUUGUGAGUUUGGAGCUGAAAUUUUUGUGAUUCACCAUUCUAAUAAAUCGGAAAGUCUUUAUAUGAUCAAAAAUCCAACCAAAGAUUCCUUCAGUUGGACUCUUGAGAACUUCUCAACAUUAAAUGGCCUCUCCGGCUAUGAUUCCAGAACCAUAGCCGUUGGCGAAAGAGAUUGGAGUUUAAGGGUUUAUCCUAGAGGAAGUGAUAAUGAAACAAGAGAUGAAUAUCUAUCUUUAUACGUAGAGCUGAAAAAUUGUGGAGCAAACAAAACUGUGUUUGCAAGUUACACUUUAAAAAUUUUAGACCAACGUCAUGAUAAAUAUUAUCAUGAAACAGGAAGUGGUUGGUUUCGUCCCUCAGGUGCUGCAAGCAAUUUGGUUGGAGCUACUGCAAACAAGAUAAUUGGAGCAACAGCUGCGGCAAAGGAUAUGGUUAAAGCAUCAGCAAGCAAGUGGCUUGGACGCUCAGUUGUGGACAGCAAUUUGGUUAAAGGCUCAGUAAACAUGGUGUACGGAGCUACAGUUGCAGCAGACAAGUAUAUCGGAGCCUCAGCUACAGUAAACAACUGGAUUGGAUCAGAUAAUAUUAAAGGGUUUACAAAGUUCAUAUCAUUAAGUGAACUCAACAAAAAAACAAAUGGAUAUGUCAAAAAUAAUGCUAUAAUUAUGGAGGUCGAUAUCCAUGUUACCAGAAUUAGAACUUCCUAUUAGAUUAUUAACUUAUGAUUAAUAUAAAAAUAAAAUAAAGAUCAAUUUCUUUAUUGUAUUUUAUUGUGCCUUUUAUAUAAAGUCGGUUUUAGAUUGUUAUUAUGUAUUUUAUUUGGGUGUGCUUUAUAGAAAUUUUCUUUGUAAUUCUAUUUGAUAUAUUUCAAAUAAAGUUGGUUGUGAUUAUCUGAA